AUGAGCCGGCUCAUGCGUCUUCUAUUCGCCGCCUCUGUCGUCGGCCUAGGUGCAUUUCCCUCGCUUGGCGCCGCGGCUGCCGUCAACAUUGCCAUCGAACCACAUGACAGCGACGCCAUAAAGAUAGCCACCAUUCAGGAGCGUGGAUAUGCUCCCGCAUCUGACAAGUGUCCGAGCAGCCGACCCGAGGUACGAAGCGGCCCCUCGCUGAGUCCGCGGGAAAAGGCAUGGCUUCCAAAACGCCGACAACAGACAAUCUCCCACAUCAGAGACUUUCUCAAAAGAAACGCCAUUCCCGGCUUCGACAGUGACAAAUACCUCGGCGGAGUCGGGCCCGACUCCCCGGCUCUACCCAACAUCGGUAUCGCGGUUUCUGGUGGCGGCUACCGGGCCAUGCUCACUGGAGCUGGAGCCGUCGCUGCUUUCGACAGCAGAUCUCCAGGAAGUACUUCCAAAGGCAACAUCGGAGGUCUUUUACAGAGCGCAACGUACCUGUCGGGCUUGUCGGGCGGAGGCUGGCUUGUCGGCAGCAUCUACGCCAACAAUUUUACGACCAUACAGGCUGCUGUCAACUCAGGACGCAUCUGGCAGUUUGGACGGUCUAUACUGAAAGGUCCCGCGGGUAUGACAACAUCGGAGUACUACGCCCUCAUUUUCCUUGAGCAAGUACGCAAGAAGCACAAGGAGGGAUAUCGACGGACAAUCACCGACUACUGGGGCCGGAUGCUGUCAUACCAACUGGUGGAUGCAAAGGACGGCGGAUCGGGCGUUAGCUUCUCGUCCAUCGCCGAAAUGCCCGAUUUUGCGGCCGGAGGAGCUCCCCUCCCUAUCCUCGUCGCCGACAGUCGCGCACCCGGUCAAAAGCGCACCACUCUAGACGAUGCGAUGUUUGAAAUCAACCCCUGGGAGCUGGGAUCGUCGGAUUCUGUGCUCAACGGAUUCGUGCCUCUCAAAUACGUAGGGUCCAACUUUGACAAUGGCAAAAUCCCCAGUCAGGAGCCUUGCGUAACUGGCUUUGAUAAUGUAGGGUACGUCAUGGGAACUUCGAGCAGUCUCUUCAACCAGAUUGUUUUGCGCCUCCGGGAUAACCCCGCCCAGUACGUCCCGCCCGAUGUGCCAAAGUCCACGGUCAAGAUGGUCGUGUCGGUCCUAAGGGGGCUUAGCUUUGCCAACUACGACAUUGCCGACUGGGGGCCAAACCCAUUCCGAGGCUGGAACAGGGCGGCAAACAAGGCCGCGCGCGCGGAUAGUCUCACGCUUGUUGAUGGCGGAGUAGACGAGCAAAACGUCCCUUUCCUUCCGCAUUUGCAGCCGAGCCGCAAAGUAGACGUCGUGUUUGCUGUGGACUCGACUGCGGACAGAAACUCGUGGCCGGAUGGCUCGUCGCCCAUGACCACGUACCAGCGCUCGCUAAGGCCCGUGUCCGGCGGCACGGGCAGCUUUCCCGUCAUCCCCGGCCGCAACACGUUUGUCAACCUGGGACUCAAUACCCGGCCAACCUUUUUCGGUUGCAAUUCAGCCAACACCAGCACCCCAGCCCCUCUGGUCGUCUACCUGCCAAACUACCCGUAUCUGUUUCGGUCAAACAUCUCGACGUUUUCCCUGACGGUUAGCAACACCAUGCGAGACGCACUGAUUGCCAACGGCUGGGCUGUCGCUACCCAGCUCAACGGCGCUCGCGACCAGGACUGGCCCGUCUGCGUCAGCUGCGCCAUGAUUCAGCGCAGUCUUGAGCGGACAAAAACUGCGCUACCGAGCAAAUGCAAGGAGUGCUUCAGUCGCUACUGCUGGAAUGGUACGAUUGAUGAGCGUGAACCCGCCAAAGGAUACUAUCCACCGCUUUACGGGAAGGAGUUCGUUGGUUGA